CCUUCCUUCCCCCAGUGUUUGUGUCUAUCCCGAUUGUUUUUCGGGUGUCAAUGACAACGAGUAGACAAGCGGAAGACUCGGAUGUCGGAGAAAUAAACAAUGGCUACCUCGACUGAUCUCCACACUCUUAUCCAGUUGGAAGAAGAUGAGGAAUAUGACUUUGAGCUGGCACAACGCCGCAUGGAGGCUGAGAGAGCUGCUAGGGAGGAAGAAGCAUUCAAAAAGAACACCCUGAAUCUGGAUAUCCCCCCACUUCCAAGUGGAAAAACACACCAUCUUUUCAUUUCUCAUAGUAAUGAUCCUCCGGAUGAAUUGGCAUGGGCAGAGCAACUGGUCAACACCAUGGAGCGAGACUAUGGCUUGAAAUGCCUUUGGCCAAAACGAGACUUUACCCCCGGCCAUGAUGUUGGAUCCUUGAUACAGAGUGGAAUCCUGUCUUCUGUGAAGGUUGUCUUCAUUCUGUCUCCUGCUUCCAUGGAAAGCCGAUGGUGCGAAUAUGAACGGAAUUUUGCGUUUGGCAUUUCUGUUGAGAGUAAAGAAAAUCAGAUAAUUCCUGUAAUGUUUAGCCAGUGCGACUUUCCUGGCAUUCUGAAGACCCUGAAUUAUAUUGAUGUGCCUGCCGGAGAGGAAUAUGCCUUCAAAAUUCGUCGAUGCUUUGACGAAGACACACGUGAUAUGAAGUACCUCGUACCUGAAAUCAAACAUCGGGAAAAGAAUAUAGGACCACUGAAUGGACAAAGUGUUCAGAUAUUUGGAGGAAAACGUGUGAAAUCCUGGAGAGGGCCAGCAUGGUGGUUUUCAAGUCUUGACCAGCACCAGCGUUACCAGCUACGCCAGCUUGGAAGCAAGUUUGCUGAAAAAACUUAUUAUGAAGCAAGUUAUGUGAUCAACAACUCAUUUCGGAUGAAAUACUUUUCCCUCUUCAAUUCCUGCGGCCGCUGCUGCAGUUGGUACUGCAUCAGUUUCGUCUUGUGGUUUCUUGUGGUAGCAUUCAUUGUGGGUUUAAUACAUUCGACACGGAGCCGUCUGUAUGAUGCCACAUUUAUGUGGUUUGGAAUUGUCCCAGGGCUGCUAACUGCGCAAAUAAUCGCAAGUUGCAUCAUGAUGAAAAUGGCUGAAAGACGAGUACAGAAGUGGGUACGCAACUACAGCCUUCGACAUGUCUUGGAAACGAACAUCUUCAUACAUGUCGACUUCACUAAACCCUCUAUACACAUAAUGUACUACAACAUCAAACCUUGUCUGAAGUACAUCUGUGACAAGAUGCAUGAAACUCUAGUAGACGGAGAUGAAACCUGCCAAGACGUGAACAAAGAGGAAACAGCUCGUACCAUUGGAAGACGCAAAUUCUUCUCAUUUAUUGAAAGCAAUUACGAAAGCCUCUUUUCUUCCACCUUUAAUGAAUCUGUUGUUGCAAGACAUCCUACGUCUCGUCAGAACAAAUGCAUUUGCGAAGUACUGGAGAAGGUGAUGUUCGAUGAAAAGAAAAAAACAGAAGCUCUUGGGUUGGAGUGUCGAGGUUAAGCCACAAAUAUGAAUCCAGAAGUUAACUUUAUGAUUGUAAUUGUGCCAUUCACUGGCAAAUUAGUACCCUAAUUAAUUCAUCAAACAUCAUGGCAAUUCAGUUACACUUGAAGUCGAUUUCAAAAAUGGUAAAAUUGUGAUUUUGUCGACACUUGUUGAUAUUUGGUGAGAAACGGAGAAUGUGUCAGUGAUACCAUCCACUUCUCGCCAUUUGAUUUGUGUUCAUUAGAACAGUAAAAUAUGUCACGCUAGACGCUGUUCACACGUUUGACUUGAGGUUGUGAACUCAACACUAGUUAUACAUGUUAUGACUUCUUUCUACGCAUAUUUAGAGUGAGUGAGUGAGUUGGGUUUAAUGCCGCUUUUAACAGCAUUCCAGUUAUAUCACGGCGUGUCAGCUUACUGUGGGAGGAAAGCCCGAAGUGAUGCAGGUCUCAGACG